AUGGCCAAACAGUGGGAUUAUAUCGCUAGCGAUCGUAUUGAGAUGAAUCAGGCAACAGUUUACCAGAAAUAUAAACUGUCCGUCGUCUCGGGUGGAAAACCGUCGCUUCCACGCGCAGCAAACCGGUCCUGUUGCGACAAGGGACUUGGAUGUUUGACUGGUGAUGAACUCAGCUACAUCGUGCCAUUCAACAAUCAGAUCAAAGUGUACUCAACUGAGACGAGACAAUGCGUGAAGACUUUGAAGUUCGGUAACAACGAAUGUCUGUCCGACGUUUUCGUAAAGGGUAAGGCUAUUAUUGCCGACAUCAUACUGGGAGAUGCUACUAAGGACGUAGCGGAGCGCGAAGAAGAUAACCAAAUCACCGUUUUCACCGAUAAUGGACGCAUUCUCGUUUUAAACUAUAGAGGAAAACUUCUCGAUUCGCCAAAAACGCUACAGUUAAAUCUGGGAAAAGACGAGACAGUUUGCAAAGUGUUCAGCUCGGAAGGCCGGAGAUAUAAGCUUCUGACAUCUCAGGAGUCGUCUGGGAAUGGAUCGGAAUUCACGUACAAGAUUUACGACAUAAAGUUCGAUGAGAAAGUGCAAUUGAGCUUGGAAACGACGUUUGAGAACGUGUUUUUGUCCACUUGGAGCUCCAGAGACAAAUACUUGGCAUUCUUAUGUCAUAAUGAAAACAAGAAAAACAUAAAAAUUUACUCGGUCUUUGAUUCUUCCAUUAUAAGAGAGUUUCCGUUAAAUUUGGCAUCCCAACAGUCACCCUCCUCAUCGGCCAACUCAAGAUAUGUCACUAGUAUGGCAAUCGACUGUAGCGGAACUCAACUGGCCUUGGGGUUUGCCUCUGGUGUGAUAAAUGUCAUCGAAAUAUCAAACUUGCAAGAGAGAUUACUCAAGUGGCAUAUAGAUGCCGUUCUAUCUCUUUGCUUCACUAGAGAUGGAUCGUAUCUUCUUUCCGGUGGCUGGGAAAAAGUUUUAAGUUUUUGGCAAUUAUCCACUAAUAUGCAGCAGUUCUUACCUCGUCUCAACGGUGUCAUAAUAAGCUGCGAAUCGGUGGCGAACGAUAAGUACUACUCGUUGGCAUUGCAAAUGACAGAAAAUACGACAAAUUCAGAUUACCAGCUACUGUUACUGAACGCAGCAGAUUUAACGUCAAAAGUGGUAAUAAACGGUCCAUUGCCAGUUUUCGUUAGCGCAGUUAAAGAUACUGUCCAGCCAGUAUCCUCCAUAGCGACAAAGACGUCUACAACACUGACAACUUCUAGUUCGUCCAAGAAGAAACAUAAGAAAAAGCUUUUGAAGGCAAAAAGACAAGAUUUUACUACAUGUGCCAGCAUCAACCCUGUUACGAAGCAAAUAUAUUUGCCACAUAUGUCCGCCAUGCAAACCUACGAUUUUUAUAGGAACGAGCAAACUUCUUACCAAUAUCUGGCAUCGGGUGUCAAUAAUUCGAUGGGUAAAGUUAGGUUUGAGAUGAACAUCCAGGAUCCUGUUAUCGCCGAUGUUCAAUUCACAAAAGACGGGAAAUGGAUGGCAACAUAUGAAAUCGAAUAUCCGCCAGAAGAUCUUCUGUCUUCAAAGGAUCUAAUGCACAUCUUGAAGUUUUGGGAUAAGGAAGAGAACGGGUCAGAUUGGAAUUUGAGGACAAAAGUGAUCAAUCCACAUGGUACUGGAGUCCCGAUAACGAAAAUGUUGCCUGCACCUUGGGCUGUAAAUGGUUCUCAAGGGUUCCUCACAGCAGACAACGAUGUGGGUCUCAAAUAUUGGUCUUACGAACAAUACGAGAAAAAUUGGUGUCUGACGAAAAUCUCGUUGCCCAAUCUCAACCAUUUCAGCAAUUCGGUGUCUCUAGCAUGGUCGCAGGACGGCAGUUUGAUCUUCCACGCUUUCGAUGAGAAGAUAUUCGUCAUCGAUUUCGAAACUUUUAGGCAGUUUGAGACGCCCAACGAAAAAAUAAACGAAUUCAACAUGGACUCUGAAAUUCAAGCCAUCAAACUGGUCAACAAUACCAACCUAAUAGUGGCCACGCGUACCACAUUGAAUACCAUCAACCUCCUAAACGGCGUCAUCACCAGCAGUUAUGACUUAUAUCCCUACGCGGAUGGCAUCUACAAGAAUGGUCACCUGGACAGAUUAAUCAGCUGUGACGAGAAAACAGGUACAAUAGCACUGGUAAUCAACCAGAAACUCAAAGAUGUCGAGGGCAGUCCCUCGAUCAAUUAUAAAUCUCGUGUUAUCGUCUUUGACAACGAGCUCUCCAAGAAAUUGGGCAAUUUCACGCACUCAGACUACAUUUCCUGGAUAGGUUGGAACCACGGCACUGAUUUCAUCUUUCUCGACACACAAUGCCGUCUGGGAAUCAUCGGAACCACCGUUAAUACUGAGAUGUCAGAUGAAUUAAACAAAGAAGGCAUCCUAGAAGGUCUCAAAAGCGGUACAAGCGAUUUUGCCACACAGCUGGAAAAACUGUCGUCAUCGAAACGCAUCGACGGCCCAGCAGACGAAGACCAACAGGAAGAAAUUGCAUUGGAAUUUAUCAACGGCGACAAGAAUGAUAAACUGAUAAAUAUGAAUAGUUUCACCAGCAUGCUUGAUAACUUUCAGAACAUUCAAAUGGAUACGCUUUUUGAUCGUGUCAUGAGAGUCAUAGGAUGA